GCGCACGCGCACCGGCGCUGCGCCGCGCCGCUCUUGUUUCCUAUCCGUGCCCAGGUCACCGCUUGCUUUCGUUCCCAGGCUGUGGCCUCCGGCGGGCGAGGAUUCCGGGGCCUGAAGGGGUGGACGCCGUCUGGCCCGGCCGGCACCCAGAGGGCGCGGGCUGUGUGAGCCAGGGUUCGCGUGGGCUGGGCAGAGGCUGGAACGAGGACCCCCGAGCGCGAGCUCCGGAGCCGGCGGGCUGGGCCGGAGGGGCCGGCCGGGCGGCGGCGGCGGCGGCGCAGUGCCAGGCAGUCUGCAGCGCGCGGCACAGCGAGGUCCCGGGAGGGACGUGGGCCUGAAGGGAGCUUGUGCCGUAGGCCCAGAGCCGGCUUCUCUGGCCCAGUGGUCUCGGGAGGCGGAGCGUUCCGUGAGAGGAGCGCGCCGGAGGAGCAGCCCCCGGACCGGAGCCUCGGGAGCCCGGGGCCGGUCAGCUAGUCUCGACGGGGUCCACCAUUUACAGUCUACGAUUUUUCCAAGAGCAGCAGAAAAUGAAUGAAUCCCAGGGUCCGUAGUUGACUUUCCCGGUGAGCUGGGUGAGCUCUUGUUCCCAUAAGUCUUCUCCACGUCACCCAGUUCCCAUCACGGUGCCAUUGCAGGGGCCAGUGUCAUUCACGGACGUGGCCGUGGACUUCACUCAGGAGGAGUGGCAGCAGCUGGACCCUGAUGAGAAGACAACCUACAGGGAUGUGAUGCUGGAGAACUACAGCCAUCUGGUCUCCGUGGGGUACGACAGCACCAAACCGAACGUGAUCCUCAAGUUGGAGCAGGGAGAGGAGCCUUGGGUAGCAGAUGGCGAGUUCCCACGGCAGUUUCACCCAGAAGAAGUCUGGAAAGUUGAUGACCUGAUGGAGAGAGCCCAAGAAAAUAAAGACGAAUGUUCAAGGCAAGCUGUUUCUAUCAACAGCAGAACCCUGACUGAGGAGAGAGAGGUUGCAUUUGAUAAAACUUAUAACAUGGAAAUAAGCCUUGUUCCUUCAAACCUAAUGUCUCAUAAUUGUGUCUCAUGUGGAAAGACUUUGGGAUCUACUUCAGAAUUAAUUAUUAGUGAUGGAAGCUAUGCAAGAGAGAAACCUGAUGAGUGUAGUGAAUGUGGGAAAACAUUUCAUGGAGAGAAACUCUAUGAAUUUCAUCAAAAUGGGGAAGCCUUUUCUCAAAAUGAAGAAAGUAUUCAGAAAAUUAGUAUUUUGGAGAAACCCUUUGAAUAUAAUGAAUGCACAGAAGCCUUAGACAAUGAAGCUGUUUUCAUUACUCAUAAGAGAGCUUAUAUGGGGGAGAAGCCCUAUGAUUGGAAUGAUUCUGGAUCAGACUUCAUCCAGAUGUCAAGUUUUAAUGUAUACCAGAGAUCACAGAUGGAAUUGAAGCCCUUUGAAUGCAGUGAGUGUGGGAAAUCCUUCUGUAAAAAGUCAAAAUUCAUUAUACACCAGAGGGCUCACACAGGAGAGAAACCUUACGAAUGUAACGUAUGUGGGAAAUCCUUCAGCCAAAAAGGAACCCUCACCGUACAUCGGAGAUCACACUUAGAGGAGAAGCCCUAUAAAUGCAAUGAGUGUGGAAAAACCUUCUGUCAGAAGUUACACCUCACUCAACACCUGAGGACUCACUCAGGAGAGAAACCCUAUGAAUGUAAUGAAUGUGGGAAAACCUUCUGCCAAAAGACACAUCUCACCUUACACCAGAGAAACCAUUCAGGAGAGAGACCGUAUCCAUGUAACGAAUGUGGCAAAUCCUUCUCCCGCAAGUCAGCCCUCAGUGACCAUCAGAGAACGCACACGGGAGAGAAACUUUAUAAGUGUAAUGAAUGUGGAAAAUCCUAUUACCGAAAAUCCACCCUUAUUACACAUCAGAGAACACACACAGGAGAGAAACCCUAUCAGUGUAGUGAAUGCGGGAAAUUCUUUUCUCGGGUGUCAUACCUCACUAUCCAUUACAGAAGUCAUUUAGAAGAGAAGCCCUAUGAAUGCAAUGAAUGUGGCAAAACCUUCAAUCUAAACUCAGCGUUCAUUAGACAUCGGAAAGUACACACAGAUGAGAAACCCCACGAAUGUAGUGAGUGUGGAAAGUUCUCAUAUCUCACCAACCAUCACACAACUCACUUAGGAGAGAAGCCCUAUGAAUGUAGUGAAUGUGGGAAAACCUUACUUGAAAAUUCAGCCUUCGAUGGGCACCAGUCACUUCCCAAAGGGGAAAAGUCCUAUGAAUGUAACAUAUGCGGGAAAUUGUUCUCUGAGCUGUCAUACUAUACUAUACAUUAUAGAAGUCAUUCAGAAGAGAAGCCCUACGGAUGCAAUGAAUGCGGGAAAACCUUCUCCCAUAACUCAUCCCUCUUUAGACAUCAAAGAGUCCACACAGGAGAGAAACCCUACGAGUGUUACGAAUGUGGGAAGUUCUUCUCUCAGAAGUCUUACCUCACUAUACAUCAUAGAAUUCAUUCAGGAGAGAAGCCCUAUGAAUGUAGUAAGUGCGGAAAAGUUUUCUCUCGGAUGUCAAACCUCACCGUACACUAUAGAAGCCAUUCAGGAGAGAAGCCCUAUGAAUGUAACGAAUGUGGGAAAGUCUUUUCUCAGAAGUCAUACCUCACUGUGCAUUAUAGAACUCAUUCAGGAGAGAAGCCCUAUGAAUGUAAUGAAUGUGGGAAAAAGUUCCACCACAGGUCAGCCUUCAAUAGCCAUCAGAGAAUUCACAGGAGAGGGAAUAUGAACGUACUUGACAUGGGAAUGCUCCUCUGAAGUCAGAUCUCAUUUUAGAAAACCCUCUGCACAUAAUGAGUAUGGGAAGUCAGUUGGGAGUCAGAUAUCACUGUCUGAGAGUUCAUGUUUCUGAAUGAGGAAAAGCAUUUAGAUGUUAGAUUUAUUCUAAUCUGAAUUUUCAUAGAGAAAAAUCCCUAAAACUGCAACAAGAAGCAAAGCCUUCAGCAAGACCCUACAACUCAUUGGACACUAGACAGUUUAUACAAGAGUGAAACUCUAUAAAUAUUUAAUAUUUAUUUUGGAUUCCAAUCGUAUUCACAUAUCAGGGAAUCAUACCAAGGCAAAACCUGUCAAAGUGAUGAAUGUGGAAAAUACAUUGUCAUGGAAAUUGUUAUACUAAAAGCCAUAUUUCUGAUAUAAAAUCAGAUGUUUUAAGGAAUGAUAUCAGAAGCUAUCAGCUCUGAAUAAACCUUCAUUGCAGAAAAUGAAGUUUUAAAAUCUUCUGGGGUUGAUUAUGAGGAUCGUAGCAUUAAAUAUGUAUAUGGCGGUUUCUAUCACGUUUCCAAAAUGUGAUUAAUUCUAUGCAACUCUGCAAGUUGGGAUUUGAAUAAUUUGUGAGAAGGCAGUAUUCUUAUUUGAGUAUUAAGAUGGCAAAAUGUACUAAUGUAGGACAUAUUGUUGGUGAGAUGUUUGAUAGGUAUAGAAUAGUUAAAUACAUAGUUUUCUGUUCUUUAGAGGCAUUUACAAAUGGUUUUUAAUGAGUGCUUCAUCAAGAGAGGAACCAGUGAUUUUUGUAAAGUUUCCAACUGCAUUUGAGCAAAAAAGAUUUAAAAAUACUAUUUUCAUAAACUAUGCAUAGAUGAUUUGGAAUCUAGUCUGUUCAGUGAAGGAUGGCUGUACUGCUCAUGCUCUAUAACAUAGGCCCAGCUCUCCUACCACUCUUGUUUUUUAACCCAUAGGUUUGAGUGUGCAGUAUGCCACUAUUUUGUAAUUCAGAAAUUUUACCUGUGCUUUUAUUUGAUAUGAAUACGGUGUCAUUAUUUUGUGCAUUGUCCCUUAGUCCCAGUAUUUUGGAACAAAUUAAUGCAAGCUUCUAGCAGACAUUUUUUGUUGAUUAACCUCAGUGUCCUCCCUCUCUUUACUUGCUGGAAGAGUUUAGGUAUCUACUAUUCACAAGACACGGAGGGUAAAUCCUGAGUAAACUAAACCAGUCAUGCUAAUUUCAUUAUGGUCACCAGUAACUCGUUUAUAGUGGUCACAUGACCAAAUCCUAGGUUAGCAAAACAGACCAUUUCUGGAAAAAAGGUAAAACAGUGAUCAAAUGGAUCUUACUCCAGGAAUGUGAGGGUAUUUUAAUAAUAAAAAAAAAACCAAUCACUGUAAUAUAUCACAUUGAAGAAAAAUAGUCUAGUAUGCAGGAAACGUGGUGAAAUCAACAUCCAUUUGUGUUCUUAGCAAACUGUGGAUAGAAAGGAACUUCCUUUAUUGGCUAAAGAGUAUCUUAUACUACAACAAACAGCAUAUCAAAUGGUGAAAUAUUGAAAGUUUUCUCCCAAGAUCAAAAAAAGAGACAAGGUUAUCUGCUAUGACUAAUUUUAUUCAGUAUUGUGUAGAAGGACCUAGCCAGGAAAGUAAGGGAAGCAAAAGAAUGAAAGGCUUAAGGAUUAGAAGAAGUAAAACUUUUAUUUGCAGAUGACGUGCUUUUGUACAUAGGAAAUUCUAGGGAAUAUUCAGAUAAUUAGAAUUGAGUAAAUUGAGCAGAAUCCCCACAUUACAAGGUCAUUAUGCAAAAAUUGGUUUUUAAUAUACCAGCAACGAACACAGAAAAUGAAAAGUUUUAAAACAAUGUCACUUACAGUGAUAUCAGAAAUCCUUAAGUGCCUGGGGGGAAAAUUACCUAACACUGUAUUUUCAAGAAUUGUAUCCCGGGGAAAAAAAAUUUACAGAACAGUAAGAGGGAUAUAUCCUGUUCAUGGAUUGCAAGACAAUCUUAAAAAGAUGUCAGUUUUCCCCAAAUUAAUUCAUAUAUUCAAUGCAAUCUUAAUCAAAAUCCUAGCAAGUUUUUAUAACUGAAAAUUCUCAGAUUCAUGUGAAAAUUCAAAAGACCAAUAAUAGUCAAAGCUAUCUUCUAGAAUAGACAGAACUAGAGAACUUAUAGUGCCAGAUAUCAAGAACUGUUACAAAGCCAUAGGAAUUAUGAUAGUGUGGUAAUGGCACAAAGAUAAACAAAUUGACCAGUGGAACAGAAUAAAGAUUCCAGAAACACCCAAACGUAAUUCAGUCACCUGACUUUUGGUGAAGGUAAUAAUGCAUCGUAACGUGGGAAAGGAUGUUCUUUCCACUAAAUGCUCUGUCAUCAUUUAAAUUUCAUAAUUUAAUAGAAAAUAGAAAAAUCAAUUGAGGUGGAGUGCAGUUUUAAGUAUGAAAUGUAAAAUAAUAAAGCUAUAAGAAGACUAUAACCUUACAGCAAGCAGUUUUCUUAAGACCCAAAAAGCACUGAAUCAUAAAAUAAAACUUGUUAAUUUGAGUAUAUUACAUUAAGGAACCUCUGUUUCUCAAAAAGCCACCAUUGAGAAAGUGAACAGGCAGACCACAGAGGGGAGAAGAUAUUUGCAACUCAAAUACAUGGCAGCAGAAUCGAGUGUAGAAGAGGGCUUGGUAAACGUUUUUGGUGAGGGGCCAGAUAGUAUUAAUAUUUGGGGCUUUGGGCUUCCCUGGUGGUGCAGUUGUUGAGAGUCCGCCUGCCAAUGCAGGGGACACGGGUUCAUGCCCCAGUCCGGGAAGAUCCCACAUGCUGCAGAGAGGCUGGGCCCGUGAGCCAUGGCCGCUGAGCCUGCGCGUCCGGAGCCUAUAUAUAUAUAGGGCUUUGUGGGCUACACAGUUUCACUCACGACUACUCAACUUUGCUGUCGUAGUGUGAAAGCCAUAAAUAAGACAAAAACGAAUGAACGUGGCUAUGUCCCAAUAAGACUUUAUUCACAGAUACUGGUGGAGGACAGGAUUUGGCCAGCAGGCCAUAGUUGCUGACCCCUGAUCUAAAAUAAAAACACCUACAAAUCUACAAGGAAAAAAAAAAUGGGCAAAAGACUUGGACGUCCACUUCAUAAAAGAGGCUAUCCACAUGGUCAGUAAACAUAUGAAAAGGUAUGUUAAUUUUAUUAAUAAUCUUGGAAAAGGCGGAUUUAAAACCCUGUGUGGCACUACUGCCACCCUCUGAAAUGGUUAAAAUGAAAAGCAUGAAAAAGCAAGAUUUGGCAAGAACGUAACAGGAACUUGCCUGCACUCCUGUUGGUAUUGCCCAUCGAUAGAACCGUUUUGGAAAGCUGGCACUUAGAGCAAACCUGUGUUUGUACCCUUUUAACAAACCCAAACCUAGCAGACAUGCAUGAAUGUGUCCACUGUGCAUGUAUGUGUCCACCAAGGGACAUGUCCUAGAAUUUUCAUGACCUAAAACUUCCAAAAACAACUCUGAAGGCACCUAUGCAGUAGAACUUUGAACGUCAGUGGUGUGUUUCCACCACAGAACACUCUAAGGCAAGGAGAAUGGGUAGUAAGCAUAGGCAAUAGCAGCUCAAUUUCAUAAAGAAUGUUAAAUGAAGGAAUCUAGACACAAAAGCAAACAGGUAAAGUACAAGAACAGGUAAAACUUGGCUAUGCAGUUAGAAAUCAGGAUAGCGGUUAGCCUUGGCCAAGGCUGACAAGGAGCAUUCAUCUGGUGCUGGUAAUAAUUGGUUUCUAAAUCUAGGUGCUGAAUAUCUGAGUGUUCUGUGCACUCAAGCUUUGUGUGUUUUUCUGCAUGUAUAUUACACUUACAUAAAAUGUUGUUAAAAAUCACAAGUGUCUACCAUUUUUGUCGCUCAGCACUCUUGCCAUAUUUUUCUAGAUGUAUAUGAGUAUGCUGCAUAACAGGAAUUAACUGGUAGAUUUUGCAUAAUUUUUGUGCAGGAAAUACUCUUAGUUUUAAUGGCAACUACGAAGAUUUCCUACACUGACCGUAAAGCUUAGUAUAAAGUAUAUUUUCAGUAAAUAUUUGAAAAGGUGACAGGGCCAUUACAUAUGUUGUCAUCCUACCGUUCUGCAUAUAUAAAUGCAUCUGACACAUAUAAAUAGGUCUGGACUGCCUCUUCAAUAAAGAACUGAUGUGUGUAAACCUUUCAUAUUUUCUCAGGCGAAUUGUUUUUUACAUUCCUGAAUUUGGGAUGCAUCUUAACCAUCACACUGUCACAGAGGUGAGCUUUCUUUGAGGUUAAGUAUAACGGUGAGUUUGAUUUGAUAAAAAAUUUUUUUAAGUUUUCAAGUUAUCCUUUCAGCAAAUUUAAAAUAGGCAGUUAACAGCACAAAUGUUAGUGAGUGAAGGAUAUAGUUAAGACCUUGCAGUAUAAAAUGUAAGAGCACUCAGCACAGGGAAUGGGGGGUGCUGGCUGGGUUUAUGGCACAACAGUGAGGAAUUAUGACAUUUGAUGGUGUGGACUAUGUACUUAGUUGUUUUUUUAAUAUAUAUUUUAAAUUUCAUUUAUUUUUAUUUUUGGCUGUGUUGGGUCUUCGUUGAUGCGUGCAGGCUUUCUCUAGUUGCAGCGAGUGGGGGCUACUCUUCGUUGCGGUGCACAGGCUUCUCAUUGCUCUGGCUUCUCUUGUUGUGGAGCACAGGCUCUAGGCGCACGGGCUUCAGUAGUUGUGGCACGUGGGCUCAGUAGUUGGGGCUUGUGGGCUCUAGAGCGCAGACUCAAUAGUUGUGGCGUAUGGGCUUAGUUACUCCGCGGCAUGUGGGAUCUUCCCUGACCAGGGCUCGAGUCUGUGCCUCCUGCGUUGGCAGGUGGAUUCUUAACCACUGUGCCACCAGGGAAGUCCCCCACCUAAUCCCUGUAAAGAGGGGAAACAUGGCAAUGACAGCGUCACAGUGUUCCCCAAAUUAAGUUAUAUGAAGGCCACAAAGAAAAAAGUAACCCUCCCCAGUCGCCACAGUGGUAAUUAUAACAAAAAUAAAUAAAUUUUCUUUCACAUUAAAGAAAUCAACCCCCUUGUAGUUCCUGCCGGAUUGGUGAACUGCCAUUGAAUGCUGACUUGUGAGCAAAGGAUAUGGAGUGGAAACAGUGUCAGGAAUCCUCCGAGGGAAGAAGGGACGGCUGUGCUCAGUGGAGGAAGAUGUGGAGUCGGGACAGUGAAGAAACUGGUGCAAAUAGCAUGGUAUCUGCCAAGCGCACCUUCACAAAUGUUCUCUCCACACGUUAGCCCAGGGGAAUCUGCCUGACUGAUUGAUCAGUGGGAGGGGAAAGCCAGCACUGAACCCCCAAUCCUGUGGGGGGAGUAGAUGAAACAAAUAUAGGGUGUUGAGACCUGUGUCAGAAGAAGUUUGAUAUUUUAGUGGUGAUUUUAAAGAAGCGGAGUCCUUUUGUAGCACGAUGUCGGGGAGGGGUUGACAGGCUCAGGUGGUCCAUCCCUGCUUGGCUGUGUUCCUGCUGAGGCAGCUGUGUCCUCCAUAAACUCACACUGAGAAGCGGGGCUACGACUGGCCUUUCCUCCAGUCAAAAGUGUAGGAACUCCCAGGAGAAAGUGAGUUCUGGCAAAAAAAAAAAAAAACAACAA